GCAUGAGCGCAGCUGACAUUUUCAAACUGUUCGGCGGGUAGCGGAGCUUCCAGCGCAGAGAGAAGCGGCGGUUCGGUCCAGUAGAGCAGAACCGAUCGGAACCAUGACCAGCACCCUGAAGGGAAUCACUCUGAAAGGCAGCGCGGAGCUGGUGGCCGAGUUUUUCUCGUUCGGCAUCAACAGCAUCCUCUACCAGCGCGGCAUCUACCCUCCAGAGACCUUCUCCAGAGCCACGCACUACGACAUGAUCCUCCAGGUCACCACCGACCCCAAGCUGCAGAACUACCUGGCCGACGUGGUUUCUCAGCUCAAAGAGUGGCUGUUCCAGUGCACCGUGCAGAAGCUGGUUCUGGUCAUCACCUGUCUGGAGACCAACGAGGUUCUGGAGAGAUGGCAGUUCGACAUCGAGUGCGACAAGUCGGCGGCAGACGGCAGUGCUCCCAGGGAGGCGUCCAUCAAGAUGAUUCAGAACGAGAUCCGCUCCGUCAUCAGACAGAUCACGGCCACCAUCACCUUCCUGCCGCUGCUGGAGACGCCAUGUGCCUUUGAUCUCCUGGUCUACACAGACAAGGACCUGGUGGUUCCAGAGAAGUGGGAGGAGUCCGGGCCUCAGAUCAUCGACCAAUCAGAGGAGGUGCGUCUGCGCUCCUUCACCACCUCCAUCCACAAGGUCAACAGCAUGGUGGCGUAUAAAAGAACCGACUCCGUCUGAGGCCCCGGGGCCCCGGUCCGGAGGCUGAGGCCCCGGGCUUUCCUGUCCUGAAGUUGUUCUCUUGUAAAUAUUUUUCUGUUUUCAUUUCAUGUGUAAAACUUUUAAAACCUGUUUUCCAAUAAAAGUU